GUAUACAUAGACGCUACAAGUCCAUACACCGUAAAUUUUGGAUACCAGGGUUCUCCUCUGCUCGCAAAAGACUUGUUACUUGCCACUUUAAACGAUGAGUCUCGACAAUUAGAUGUUUGUGAAUAAUUUAUGUAAAAGGCUCUUUUCUACAAGAAGCUACAAGCCUCCUACAAAGGAAAUAAUACAUCCAUACGUCAAUGAACCGGAACAUUUGAGCUUAACUCCCAGGUACAAGACGGCAGUACUAACCGGACCUCAACAGUUCAUACCAAAAGACUACUACAAGGAUCUGCGAUUGGAAGUCACCAGAAGUGGUCAAUAUUUGGGUGAAGACUUCCCAUAUAACUUCCUACGCGCAGAUAAAGUCUGGAGAAAUCGCAAAUAUAAUGUCAAAAUAAACCCAGUCCCCAAUGAAAUUUCCAGGGUCAAAUGUGUUACCUUCUACAAGAGGCUACAAGUCUGGGCAGCCCAUUGGAUGGAGAAUGGGAUUUUUAGGAGCCGUUGGUUUAGAUGUGCGUACGGUUUUCAAAGAGCUAAAACUGCCGCUGAGGAGUUUAGGAAAACUCUUAUAAUGGCUGGAAGAGUUGAUAACAUGAAAACCGAAAGCCAAAAGCGUCUAGACUCGGAAAAGUUGAAAUCGCUACGCUUACUCAAAAAGAAGAGAUUCGAGUUUGUCAUCAAGAGAAAACUAUAAGAAUACAUGACACAUAAAUAAAGUUUAAAUUAUUAGUACU